AUGUUUGCCCAACACAGCAGCACCACAGUGACAGCGACAGAUGCGGAUGGUGGCUCCUUCGGCUCCAUCAGCUACUCUCUGGGGUCAGGCAUCAACAGUGCUGUCCCCUCCCAGUUCUCUGUAGGGACGGAGACAGGACAGAUCUGUACCAACGUGGAUCUGGACAGGGAUCAGGGACCAACCAGCUAUGACUUUACCGUCACCGCCGUGGACGGGGGCGGUCUGAACUCUGUGGCCUACGUCAGGGUGGACCUGCUGGACAUCAAUGACAACAGACCAGUCUUCUACCCUGUGAGCUACGCCGUCAGCCUUAGCUCCCAGAGUGCACCUGGCACUUCUGUUGUCAAGGUUACGGCCCUUGACCCCGACACUGGGGAGAACGGGAGGGUCACGUACCGAACCGUCCCCAGGGGCAACUCCCCCUUCUUCACCCUCAACAAAGACACAGGUGUGAUCUCCCUGUCCCGGUCGCUGCAUGGCAAGGCCAACACGGUGAUCCCCAUGGUGGUUUCAGCCCAGGACGGAGGGGGUUUGGCAGCACUGGUCAACGCCCGGGUCAACAUCAGUGUGGUGGCAGGCCUGGUGGCGCCCCCUGUGUUUGAACACAGCCAGUACAGCUUCACUGUAUCUGAAAACGUACUGCGAGGGACUGAGGUUGGCAUUGUACAGGCCAUCAGUAAGAACGGCGGCCCCAGUAAGGACAUCCUGUACACCAUCUCCUCUGGAGACCCUGCUGGCUACUUCACUGUGGACCCAGAGAGUGGUGCCCUGCGGACCAGCCUUCCUUUGGACCACGAGGCCCAGCCCUCUCUAACCCUGGAGCUCCAGGCUCGUAGCGGCAGCCCCCCUGCCUUCGGUCAGACCCACGUCCACAUCACCAUCCAGGACAUCAACGACAACGCUCCGGUCUUCAUGCCCUCCUCUUCUGAGUCUCUCCUCCUCCCGGAGCACACAGAGAUAGGGACGGUGGUCUACAGAGUCCAGGCCAAAGACCGGGACUCCGGCCUCAACGGCCAGAUGACCUUUGAUCUUUCCUCUACCACGACCUCAAUCGGAGGUCAAAGAACCUUUUCCAUGGAGCGCAGCACAGGGGAGAUCCGGCUGGUUGGCGGGCUGUCAUACGACGUAACGCCGCGUUACGACCUGACGGUGACAGCUAAAGAUGGCGGCGCGCCGCAGCUAAGCUCUACCAUGAUGCUGGUGGUGCAUGUCCAGGCGGAGAACGACCACGGUCCCGUGUUCGACACCCUGACCUACCGCGUGGAGCUGAGGGAGAACACGCCGCUCAGCACACGCUUCCUACAGGUGCGAGCUCUGAGCCUGGACACCACGGGUUCAGGCUCCUCCUCUCCACUGGCGUACUACCUGAGACCUGACGGAGACGCAGCAGGGUUUGGCAUUGCAGCAGACAGCGGCUGGCUGUUUGUGAAGAGCGCUCUGGACAGAGAGGUGAAGGACAUGUACAUGUUGAUGGUUCUGGCCACGUCGGGCCACGGGCAGCUGAAGAAGACGGGCAGUGCCACGGUGAGGGUGUCGGUGACCGAUGAGAACGACAACUCACCUCGUUUGACACAGGAGAGGGCUUUCCUGGCCGUGAGAGAGAACCUUCCGGUGGGGUCAGGGUUCGGACGGGUUUCGGCUAUGGAUCGCGACUCAGGGCUCAACGGCAGGCUCAGUUACAGACUCCUACACCCAGACAGAAGCUUCCAGAUCAACUCACACACAGGUGAGAUCAGUACCCGUGUAGGUCUGGACAGGGAGCAGCAGAGUAGUUACCAGGUGUUGUUGGUGGUCCAGGAUGGAGGUACUCCCCCAUGCAGCGCUACAGGGACAGCCUUCAUCACCGUCCUGGAUGAGAACGACAACACUCCCUCCUUCAGACACAGCCAGCCUGGCAGAGGACUGACCAUGCAGGUGAUGGAGGGCCAGGCAUCAGGUCUACUGCUGGGGAAAGUACAGGCCAAGGACCCUGAUGAGGGAGAGAACGGCACUGUGUACUACUCCAUGUCAGGUCCCAGAGCAGAGCGUUUCUCUCUGAACCCGACUACAGGUGAACUGCGUUCCUCCUCUCCUCUGAGUCACUCUGACAGAGCUGAGUACAGCUUCACUGUGACCGCCACUGACCGAGGCCAGCCCUCUCACAGCGCUACCUGUUCACUACACAUACAGGUCCUGAGUGCGAGCAGAGCUCCUUCCAAAGCCAACUCCUUCUCCAUAUACUUAAACUCCGUCGAGGAGGCCAAACCGGGCUCUGUGAUUGGCUCUGUGAAGUCACAUGACAGCUUAGAGCUCCCUGAGGCUGGUCAGGUGACCUAUACGGUGGUGGGCGGGUCAGACCGAGACGGAACGUUCAUGGUGGACCGUCAGACAGGUGACGUGUACCUGGCAAGGGAGCUGGACUACGAGCGAUCUGCCCGCUACACACUACAGAUAGAGGUGGACGACUUCUCCAUGACAUUACCCAGCAGCCACCUGGUGCAGCUGGACAUCGAGGUGAAGGACAGCAACGACCACGCACCCUACUUCCCGGAGGACCCCGUUACCAUGGUGAUACCUGAGAACAUGGUGCCUGGGGCAUCCAUCUACACCUUCCAGGCCUCGGACCAGGAUGGAUCAGGACCCAACAGCCUGCUGACCUACUCCAUCCUGCACCAGUACCCUGACCUCCCUGACAUCCUGACCCUUCACCCUUCCACUGGCGUCCUGACCCUGGCGCAGGAACUGGACCAUGAGGUUACUUCCUCCCUCAUCCUGGUCGUACAGGCGACAGACUCCGCCCUGAACGUCAGCCAGCGGCGCUGGGGCUCCGUGACAGCGAGGGUGUUUGUGACAGACGAGAACGACAACGCUCCAGUGUUUAGCUCGCCUUCCGCGGUCAGUGUCAUGGAGGACCAGCCUGUGGGCUUCGUGGUUCUCUACGUUGUGGCGCGAGAUGCCGACCAGGGGGAGAACAGACGGGUCAGCUACUUCAUCAAGACUGGCAAUGCUGGAGGGACGUUCAGCCUCAACCCUAAUACUGGUUCUCUGUCUAUCCUGAAGCCCAUCGACCGGGAGGAGCAGGUCCUCUUCAACCUGACCAUCGUAGCCCAGGACCACGGGGUACCAGCGCUCUCAUCCAGCCAGCUGCUGUCUGUCCAGGUCAUCGACGUGAACGACCAGGUGCCCUGGUUCCAGGAGAACCAGUACCAAGCCCAGAUUACAGAGAACCAGCCUGCAGGAACCACUGUUCUGGUGGUGUCGGCCUCCGACCUGGACCAAGGUACCAACGGCCAGGUGACAUAUGGAGGCAUCUCUGAUGAGGGUUUCAGCAUUCACCCAGCUACAGGUGUUAUAACCACCACUAAAGCCCUGGACAGAGAGGCACAGGAACAAUACACACUGACAGUGUAUGCCCGAGACGGUGGCGUGCCUCCUAACUUUGCCCGGGCGUCAGUGAGGAUCCGGAUGUUGGAUGAGAAUGACAACGCCCCAACGUUCAGUAGACUGUACUACAGUCUGGAUGUGCCUGAGAACAUGGAGGCUGUUGAGCUGUUCACCCUCAGAGCUACGGACCUGGACGCUGGGGACAGCGGAGAGAUGACCUACAAGAUCACAGCAGGCGACCCAUCAGGUGACUUCCGUGUGGACAGGAAGUCAGGUGUUCUCUCCACCUCCAGACCGCUGGACAGGGAACGUAGGGCCAGGUACAGUCUGACAGUGACAGCCCUUGACGGGGGCUCUCCGGCCCUGAGCAGCACGGCCACAGUAGAGGUCACUCUCCUGGACGUCAACGACCACAGCCCCCAGUUCACCAGCCCCAGCUACACCGCUGACCUCUCUGAGGAUGCUCCUAUUGGCUCCCUGGUGCUGGAGGUCUCUGCUACUGACCUGGACCAAGGGUCUAACAGCCAGGUGCUGUACUUCCUGUUGCGCGGUUCCCAGGGCAUGUUCAUCAUUGACCAGCACACGGGACAUGUCAUCACCGCCGCUCCGCUCGACCGAGAACGAACCGCGUCGUACACUUUCGAUGUCUGUGCCACAGACUCGUCCCCCGCCAGCCCACGCAACUCCACCGCCACGGUCAAUGUGUAUGUACAGGAUGUGAACGACAACGCUCCAUUCUUCAUCCAGGACCCCCUGGUUAUCAACAUCUCUGCCUCCAGUGUCUCCUCCCACCGCGUCCUGGCCACCAUGCGGGCGGAGGACCGUGACUUUGGGGCCAACGGCUCAGUGUUCUACCGCUUCGCCAGCCCUGUCCGGGGCUUCACCAUUAACUCUCUGACCGGGGACAUACAGGCUACAGAGAAGCUGCAGGGACUGACCCAGGGCCAGAGGACUCUGAUUGUAGAGGCUAUGGACCAGGGCAGCCCAACCCAGUCCUCUCUAGGGGUGGUGGUCAUCUACAUCAGAGAACAGACCUACAAGGGGAUCCGCUUCUCACGCCACGCUAGAGACGUCAGUCUGCAGGAGAACGCUGCCAAAGGUACCGCCGUGGUGCAGACUCAGGCCCAGUACCCUGAUGGAUCCCGUAGUGGGAUCAGUUACAGCAUCUUCAGUGGCAACACCCUACUCUCCUUUGGAAUCAGCUCCUCCACUGGUGAGAUCUGGGUACAGAGCUCCAUGGGGCUGGAUUAUGAGGAGUCCCCUAGACUCCGCCUAGUGGUGAAGGCUGAAACUGCAUCCUCCAGUUCCUUCAUGGCGGUCAACCUGAUCCUUCAGGACGUCAAUGACAACCUGCCGCGCUUCCAGCUGCAGAACUAUGUAGCCUACAUACGAGAGGCACAGGGAUAUCAUUUUCCUAUCAUACAGGUGGUGGCUGAUGACCUAGACCAGGGCCAGAAUGGUCAGGUGACCUACAGCCUGAGGUCGUCGUCUCUCAGCGGCCUGUUCAAGAUCGACUCGCUGACCGGAAGCAUCACCACCGCCGCUAUCAUGGACCGAGAGAUCUGGACACAAACCAAGCUGGUUGUUACGGCGACGGACCGGGGCACACCACGAUUGGCCGGCUCGGCGACCCUCACGGUGAUCAUCGUGGACCUCAACGACAACAGUCCUACAAUCCCUCUGCCGCGUGAGAUCAGAGUACCAGAGAACACUCUGGUUGGCUCGGUAAUAACCCAGGUGACAGGAAAUGAUGUGGACUCAGGCCCCGCCCUGUCCUACACCCUCCACCUGGACCCGUCUUCCCAGGGCGUAUUUGGGAUCCACCGCUACGGGGGCGGGGUGUCUCUGACCGCCCCUCUGGACUACGAGGAGAAGACCUGGUACACGCUGACUGUCAGGGCUACGGACUCCAAACACCAGACUGAAGCUAACCUCACCAUACUGGUGGAGGAUGUCAAUGAUAACGCUCCUACGUUCACACAGGAUCUUUACCAGAUGACUCUGGCAGAGCACUCCCCAGCUGGCAGUGCAGUUGUCACUGUGACAGCCACGGACCGCGACUCUGGGGAGAACGGCCGCGUCACCUACAGAGUGAUGUCAUCAACCCGGGACAUCUUCUACAUCGACCCCAGCAAUGGUACCCUGUUUAUCACCCAGCAGGCAGAGUUUAACUCUGAAAACCCUUCUAUCCUGGUGGUAAUAGAGUCCAGAGACAUGGGAACACCAGCCCUCUCCUCCAUCGCUACUGUACAGGUCCAGGUGACUGACGUCAAUGACAACGCGCCCGUCUUCCACCAAUCAGAGUACAGAGCCACGGUGUCGGAGGACGGCCUUCCGGGCACCACCAUCCUGACCCUAGAGGCGACCGACGGCGACGCGUCGCGCGACAACUGCGGCUUCGACUUCACCAUAGCCAGCGGAAACUCAGGCAAUGCCUUCCAAAUCGAGAGCAGCGUACGCUUCCUGGAAGGACGGGGCUUCCAGACGGUAGGCAGCGUGGUAUUGACCGGUGAGGGGCUGGACUUCGAGGCAGUGUCUAGUUACAACCUGACCGUGGUCGUGUCGGACCGUGGCGUGCCCCAGAGAAGCUCGGCUGUCUCUGCGCUGAUCAGUGUGACGGAUACUAACGACAACCCUCCGGUGUUCAGCAGGGCAGAGUACAGUGUGGUGCUGAGUGAAGGAACAGCCGCAGGGACUGAAGUCCUCAGCCUGUCUGCAACAGACCCAGACUCCUCGGCAGUAGGGAAGGUGCAGUACCUGAUCAGCUCUGGGGAUGAGACGGGAAUGCUCCAGGUAGACCGCUGGACCGGAGCCCUGAGGCUGCAGAGACCACUGGAAAAUGAGAGACAGGCAUCCCAUGUGAUCAUUGUGCAGGCGUCAGAUGGACAGGGUCACUAUGCGCUGGCUCCAGUCACUGUGGAGGUGAAGGACAUUAAUGACAACAGACCUUACUUCCCCCUGCCUGUCCUCACCGCCAGCAUCAGAGAGAACCAGCCUCACAACACCCUUGUCACCAUGCUGCACGCCAUCGACCAGGACACGGGAGUCUUCGGACAGCUGAGAUACUACAUGUUGGACAAGACUGGAGAGGGGAAAGACGCCUUCCUGGUCAACCAGACGUCAGGCGAGGUCCGGACUCGCUUCACCUUCGACUUUGAGAAAGUCAACUUGUUCAACUUUGUAGCUCUGGCCAUGGACGCAGGGAACUUCUCUGCCACGGUGACCGUCCAGGUGUACGUGACAGGGGAGGAUGAGUACGACCCUGUGUUCUCCGACCCAGAGUUCUCCUUCUUAGUUCCUGAGGGGUCGAAGAAGGGCCAGAGCAUUGGUCAGGUGACAGCCAGAGACGAGGACGAGGGAGUGGAUGGGAUUGUUCUGUACUCCCUAGCUGACCCCUCGCCCUACUUCCAGGUCAAUGCAUCGACGGGCGUGGUUUUCCUGAAGAUGGACAGCCACGUCCAUCAUCUGAGCAGGUCCAAGAGGGAGGUCCGUGUGAUGAACCUUGACCUGAAGGCCCACAGCCCUCUGGAGACAUCCCGUGUGGCCACCGCUCGCCUCACCGUUGACGUAACACACACCUCCUUUGGCGUGGCAUCGGACAUGAACCUGCUGCUGGUCAGUGUGAUUGCUGUGUCCCUGGGAGCCAUCCUCAUCCUCAUCUUCAUCGCCAUGGCUCUGUUCUGUGUGAGACUGAGACGUCAGAGGAAGGAGCAGCAGAGUCGCUGCAGACCUCCAGCCUCUCCCGGCCACGGCACGAUGCUGCACAAACUAGAGGAGACUAAAGUCACUGGUACCGACCGGAACGACCGCAUCUACCACCAGGCCUUACCAGGGUACACUUCCGACCAAACUGGGAGUGGUGUGGGAGGGCCAUACCCCCGCGGGGGCUCCCUGGACCCAUCCCACUCCAGCGGGCGUGGCUCGGCGGAGGCGGCGGAAGACGAUGAGAUCCGGAUGAUCAACGAGUACCCCCGUGUCUCCUCCAUCUCUUCGUCCAUGCAGGAACACAUCUCAGCCCGCGGGCCAGACUCUGGUAUCCAGCAGGACGCUGACCAGCUGUCUGACGUCUCCUGUGAGCCCAACAUGGACGCAAACCAGUGGUUCAAGGCCAAGAAGCUGGCCAGUCUCAGUGGGACUCUGCUGUCUGGCCAGUUGCCUGUCUACAGGGAGGAUGGAGGAGGUUAUGUGGGGGUAGGGAGGGGGCUGAACAUCUCCCACCCUAAAGACUAUGCCUUCCCAGUGGAUGGUAAACCCGCUGUGGACGGCUCCCUCACAGCCAUAGUGGCCAGUGACGAGGAGCUGAGGGGUAGUUAUAACUGGGACUACCUGCUGGACUGGUGCCCACAGUUCCAGCCAUUAGCAAGCGUCUUCACGGAGAUAGCGAGGUUAAAGGAUGAGACGGCCCCUCCUAACCCUCGCAGACCGCUCCAGCACAAAGCCAAGGUGGACCCCAAACCCCCUCGCAUUGACCCCCCGCCCCUAAUCACCUCCAUAGCCCACCCCGGGGCGAAGACAGUCCCGGUCAAGCCUGCCCCCAUUAAACCCUCUGUGGGGAGGUCCUCCUUCCCUCAUCUGGCCUCCCUACGGAGGUCCCCCAUCAGUCACGAGGGCUCCCCCUCCUCAGUAGCCAUGUCCCCCAGCUUCUCCCCCUCCCUAUCCCCCCUGGCCGCCCGCUCCCCGGCCAUCACACCUUUCGGCGUCACCCAGGGCCCCUCAGCCUCCAUGAUCAGCACCACUGAACACAGCAUGGAGCACAGUGAAGAGGCCGAGAUGAGGAUAUAGACUAUAGACUCACAGAUAAGGAUAUAGACUCUAUUGACUAACAGAUGAGGAUAUAGACUCUGUAGACUGAGGAGGAUAUAGACUCUGUAGACUGAAAUGAAGAUAUAGACUCUAUUGACUAACAGAUGAGGAUAUAGAUUCUAUCGACUCACAGAUGAGGAUAUAGACUCUAUUGACUCACAGAUGAGGAUAUAGACUCUAUUGACUCACAGAUGAGGAUAUAGACUCUAUUGACUCACAGAUGAGGAUAUAGACUCUAUUGACUCACAGAUGAGGAUAUAGACUCUAUUGACUCACAGAUGAGGAUAUAGACUAUCGACUCACAGAUGAGGAUAUAGACUCUAUUGACUCACAGAUGAGGAUAUAGACUAUCGACUAACAGAUGAGGAUAUAGACUCUAUUGACUAACAGAUGAGGAUAUAGACUAUCGACUCACAGAUGAGGAUACAGACUGUAGACUGAGAUGAGGAUAUAGACUCUGUAGACUCUGAGGUACUAGAGAUUGGAAGACUGAUACUGAGUUAUUGUUCCUCAAAAGACAGAGGUGAUGUAUCAAUUGACACCCUAUUUAGGUUGUAGGGUGGUACCCCUCCUAAUGUGUAAUGGUCACAGUAUCUGGUGUCAAUAGACUGUAUCGUACAGUGUACCUUCCAUUCUGGCAAGAACACAGAGUGUGGUUAAUACUGUAGUUAAAUAAUGAAGUAACUCUCAAAUGGACUCUCAAAGGUGGUAGCUGCAUCAUAAACUAAUGGGACUCUCAAACUGAACCAGAAUCAAAACUGAGGCGAAAAUGGAUGUUGCCUUUUCCUCUUCCCUCUAUCCAAUCAGUGUCAAGAGAACAAAACUACCCAGGAUUUUCACAUUCUAAUGGGGAGCCAUGAUGUCAAUAUUCUGUAGAAGAUAUUUUUAUACUGACUUUGGUUUCUGACUAGAAAUGGCACUAAUUCUGUGCCAGAAGGCUGUUAUAGCCUCAGGAUAUAUUUCCAUAUGUGUAUAUUUCUAGCUAUGUAACAGUAUGUGUGAACUCCAUGUUGGUUCUAUUUUAUGUACUUAACCAUUGUGUUCUUGGAACGAAAAAAAGCUCUAUAUUUCUAUUAGUGUGAUUGAUUGGGGGAUAUGCUGUCAUUUCUUGUAAAUAUUUAUUACGGAGGAGCGAAAAAAGAGCUUGCGUUGCUGGAAGAACAUGAUACCAGUAUCAAUACAGUGUUUGGUCAAGAAGCUUUCAAAAAUAAUCUGCUGAAGUGUUGGAUCCCUCUCAUACUAAUUCAGUGUGCCAUAUGUGUGUCUCCCAAGGGAAUAGGGUUCAAUUCGGGAUGUAAACACAGUCUUUUGAGUCUUGUUUGAAAGGAUCAGUCAUGCAUGUUCUCAUGUCCUAAAUACGUUCCUUUGUUUCUUCCUCCAGUCUAGUUGAGGUGAACUUGACACCGAUUGAUCGUGUCCUUUUUUUCAGGUGUCUUUGCUGUGAUUUUAAUCACGAUGAGCCGUACAGGUCUACUUGGUAUUCUAGUGGCAUAGUAGACCCAGACAAGGGCAGAACCACUCAGACACAGACAGGGGAGGUCAGAAACAUCACAGAGACUAGCUGCAAUAUAACUACAAAGUUGCCAGCAAUAGAACAAAGGAAAAUAAAACAAAUGUCAUGUAUGUCAGCAGACAGGUCUAGUUGUUAUUGUAGUGGCAGUCGAACCAUCCAGACAGACAGGUCUAGUUGUUAUUGUAGUGGCAGUCGAACCAUCCAGACAGACAAGUCUAGUUGUUAUUGUAGUGGCAGUCGAACCAUCCAGACAGACAAGUCUAGUUGUUAUUGUAGUGGUAGUCGAACCAUCCGGACAGACAAGUCUAGUUGUUAUUGUAGUGGCAGUCGAACCAUCCAGACAGACAAGUCUAGUUGUUAUUGUAGUGGCAGUCGAACCAUCCAGACAGACAAGUCUAGUUGUUAUUGUAGUGGCAGUCGAACCAUCCAGACAGACAAGUCUAGUUGUUAUUGUAGUGGCAGUCGAACCAUCCAGACAGACAAGUCUAGUUGUUAUUGUAGUGGUAGUCGAACCAUCCACACAGACAAGUCUAGUUGUUAUUGUAGUGGCAGUCGAACCGUCCAGACAGACAAGUCUAGUUGUUAUUGUAGUGGCAGUCGAACCAUCAAGACAGACAGGUCUAGUUGUUAUUGUAGUGGCAGUCGAACCGUCCAGACAGACAAGUCUAGUUGUUAUUGUAGUGGCAGUCGAACCAUCCAGACAGACAGGUCUAGUUGUUAUUGUAGUGGCAGUCGAACCAUCCAGACAGACAAGUCUAGUUGUUAUUGUAGUGGUAGUCAAACUAUCCUGACAGACAAGUCUAGUUGUUAUUGUAGUGGUAAUGGAACCAUCCAGACAAACAGAAGACAAAACAGCUGACAUGAGGUUUGAGUAGGGGUUGUGUGUGACCUGUGAGGUUUGAAUUCUCCCCAGGAUUUUUUAACAAGGUGGUGCUGCUGAGUACGGUGGGGGAUACCAAAUAAAGUAAACCAAUUUAUUUUAUUUUUAUAUAUAUAUAUAGUGACACAGCCAGUACACAUUGUGGCGCAGCGCCCCACUUACAUUCUUUGUGGACAACCCUGAGGUUUGAGUAGGGGUUGUGUGUGUACCUCUUGAGGUUUGAGUAGGGGUUGUGUGUGUACCUCUUGAGGUUUGAGUAGGGGUUGUGUGUGUUCCUCUUGAGGUUUGAGUAGGGGUUGUGUGUGUACCUCUUGAGGUUUGAGUAGGGGUUGUGUGUAUACCUCUUGAGGUUUGAGUAGGGGUUGUGUGUGUAAUGCUUGAGGUUUGAGUAGGGGUUGUGUGUACAUACCUCUUGAGGUUUGAGUAGGGGUUGUGUGUACAUACCUCUUGAGGUUUGAGUAGGGGUUGUGUGUGUACCUCUUGAGGUUUGAGUAGGGGUUGUGUGUGUACCUCUUGAGGUUUGAGUAGGGGUUGUGUGUGUACCUCUUGAGGUUUGAGUAGGGGUUGUGUGUGUACCUCUUGAGGUUUGAGUAGGGGUUGUGUGUGUACCUCUUGAGGUUUGAGUAGGGGUUGUGUGUGUACCUCUUGAGGUUUGAGUAGGGGGUGUGUGUGUCCUUCUGACAGACUGUAGCUCACUAAGUUCAUCUUAGUAUCGAUGGGAUUCUCUCCAGCAUUCUGAACCAGGAGGAGCUCGUUGCAACAGAUAUUUUCCUCAUUUCUUUGCAGUGGACAUUGUGUUGCACAUAGCCAGAUUAAUCUCUGAAAUAUUGCUUUUCAAAUCACAUGCAGGACUGCAUGCAGGACUGAGACCAGAGCACUAACUAAAAUGCUGUCUUUGCUUUUCAGUUUUCUCUUAGUUCCUUCUCUGAGCUACAGUAUCUUAAGUUAUCAGUAUUGUUAAUUUACAGUAUUGUUAGUUUUCACUAAUAGUUAGGUGUAACUAGCUAAUAACUAGUGUCUGAUGAUGCACCACUUCUUGGUACCAGAACAUAACACCAAUUUUGAGUUCCAAAUGGCACCCUAUUCCCUAUAUAGGGCACUACUUUAGACCAGGGCCCUAUGGGGGUCUUUUUCUCUGCAAAAGGAGUGCACUUCCCUAUACAUUAGUUCACUAAAUAAGAAAUAGGGUGCCACUUUAUUCCCUAUAGUAUGCUAUAAAAGUAGUGCACCAUGUAGAGAAUAGGGUGCCAUUUGGGACGCACACACUCCAAUUUAGAAACCUUUAAAAGUGUUUGUUAAGCCAUGUUAAAUUGCCCCUAAAACACAAGGCUAUCUAUGUUUGAAAUUAAGAAGCUGGGAUAUCAUGUUGUUUUGAGCUUUUACUUUGUCCAUUCACCAGUUUCUACAGUUUGUUAUUUAUACAAUUUUACAUCCUCUUUCUUACCGAACGUAGCCCAUAGUAUACAUGUUCCCCCGAAUGUCUACACAUAUCAUAUAUCUUCCCUGAUGUGCCAGAUGUUUUUUUCUUCUUGUCAAAGUGCCUGAUUAAAGUACUUAUGUGAAAACAA